CACCGACUCGGCAGGAACAUGUUGCAGCUCCGCAGACUCCUCACUCGCUCCUGUGCCGGGUGGCGCCGGCAUCAUUGUGCAGCAGUGGAAGUAAAGAAUGAGCCAAUCCUGGAGUUUAAACCUGGCAGCACGGAGAGGGCGGCCCUCCAGCAGGCAUUAAAGGAGCUGAAGGAUAAAACAGAAGAAAUCCCAUGUGUCGUGGGGGGAGAGGAGGUCUGGACUAAGGACGUGCGGUACCAAGUGUCGCCCUUCAAGCAUUCUCACCGAGUGGCCAAGUACUGCUAUGCGGAUAAGGAGCUGCUGAAUAAAGCCAUCAAUGCGGCGCUGGCCGUGCGCAAGGAGUGGGACCUGAAACCCGUACAGGACCGGGCCCAGAUCUUCUUUAAAGCGGCAGAUCUUCUGAGUGGCCCCAGGAGGGCGGAGAUUCUGGCCAAGACUAUGAUUGGGCAGGGGAAAACCGCGAUCCAGGCAGAAAUUGAUGCCGCUGCUGAGUUAAUCGACUUCUUCCGAUUCAACGCCAAAUACGCCAUGGACCUGACGCACGAGCAGCCGAUCAGCAUCCCCGUCAGCACCAACUCCAUGGUUUAUAGGGGCUUAGAGGGGUUUAUUGCCGCGGUGUCACCAUUUAACUUCACUGCAAUUGGUGGGAAUCUGGCGGGAGCUCCGGCACUGAUGGGGAAUGUGGUUCUGUGGAAACCCAGUGACACCGCCAUGUUGGCCAGUUACGCAGUGUAUCAGGUUCUACGUGAAGCUGGCCUCCCGCCCAACGUUAUCCAGUUUGUCCCGGCCGAUGGUCCAGUCUUUGGUGACACCAUAACCAGCUCGGAGCAUCUCUGUGGCAUUAACUUUACCGGCAGUGUCCCAACCUUCAAGCACCUCUGGAAGCAGGUGGCACAGAACCUGGACGUGUAUCGGACUUUCCCUCGAUUGUCAGGAGAAUGUGGAGGGAAGAAUUUCCACUUUGUUCACAGCUCGGCCGACUUGGAGAGUGUGGUGAAUGGGACGAUCCGCUCAGCGUUUGAGUUCGGGGGGCAGAAGUGCUCGGCCUGUUCCCGCCUCUACGUUCCCGACUCGAUGUGGCCCCGGAUGAGAGCACGGCUCCUGGAGGAACUCGCCAAGAUAAAAACGGGGAACCCCAACGACUUCUCCACCUUCUUCUCCGCUGUCAUCGAUCAGAAGUCUUUCAGGCGGAUAGAGGGUUGGAUAAAACACGCGCAAUCCUCCCCGGAGCUCACCAUUCUAGCAGGAGGGAAGUGUGACGACAGCGAGGGGUAUUUCGUGGAACCGACCAUCAUUGAGAGCAAAAACCCCAAGGAGAAGAUCAUUCAAGAGGAGAUAUUCGGGCCGGUGCUGGUGGUUUACGUUUAUCCGGAAAACAACUACAGAGAAGUCCUGCACCUUAUUGACUCCACCUCCCCAUACGGCCUCACGGGGGCAGUGUUUGCUCAGGACAAGAAUGUACUGAGGGAGGCGACACAGAUACUCCGACACGCCGCAGGGAAUUUCUACGUAAAUGAUAAAUCCACGGGGGCAGUUGUGGCUCAGCAGCCUUUUGGGGGCUCUCGAGCUUCUGGAACCAAUGACAAGCCUGGGGGGCGGCACUACAUCCUCAGAUGGACAUCACCGCAAGUCAUUAAAGAGACCCACGUACCCCUGACGGAAUGGAAGUACCCGUAUAUGCAGUGAGCUGUGUCCAUGAGGGCUGAACCAACUCAAGCUGCUGAGGGGAGAAAUCACAGCUGCUGCCAAAAUCCGGUUGGUCCUCUGGAACAUGGACACAAAAUCCCCCCAACGCCUCAUUUUACAGAUUUUAUCAUAGCAAUAUUUUAUUUUUUUAAAGUGGAUUUUAACACUUUAACUUUAUUUUAAGUGAAUCCAUUCAUGUCAUUAUUUAAUAAUAACACAAGGGGGAGCCCUAUGCCCAAGUCUUAAUUUCACUGGACAAACUUGGGAAAAGGACUUAUCUGUAAUGGAACUUCCCAGCUGCGAAUCGGGAUAAAGGGGAAGUAGCACUUCCAUGAAAGUGGAUGGUGUAGUAGAGCUCCACCUGCUGGUUGAAGUGAGUGCUCUGCUUUUUUUGGGUGAAAUUUUGCUGUUAUUUCAUUUUGGACGGGUUUGCUGUUA